ACGCAAUCGCGUGAUACCGGGUUGCAACCGAACAGCUGUCAGAUCGGGUAUGAUCACAGACUCUCUAUUCUAACUGUAAAAUAGAGGGUGGUAGAAUAGAAUAGCGGUCAGAUCGGGGUAUUAGUAAGAUAUAAUUUGGUUCUUGAAAUUAAAUGUAAUAAAUGAUUGUGCUACUGACACUACAUGGUGAACAUGUAACCUUCACCAUUGGGGUGGCGUGGUGGCGGCAUCAAGUAACCAGGCCAACCUGCCACAUUCUACGUCGUAUCUUUGGUGACUCACCCCCAGCCGCAGCACCAUAUACGUGGCUGUAUGGUACCACUGGGAUCUACUGGCGCAGCCAAUAACCUCGUUCCCAGGCGUUCUCGCCUCACGACGAAACGCCUGGAAUGCGAUGGUCCCCAUUCCCGUUAUUUGCGAGAAGGAGGGUGGGACUUUCAGUGAGAUGAGUAUAUCCGGUUCCGUAACAGAACGUUGUGAGCUUUGUGAAAUAAUUCGUAAGAAAAAACCACCCUAUUCAUUAUCCAUGUCUUGGUGCUGUUACCUUGUCAUGAUCUUAUUCAACUCGUUCCAGGGACUCGAAACCGGAAAUAGUUUUGCGUUACACCGGGAUAACGCUACAACUCAUGAGCCUCCCUUAUCUUACUAGCGCUGCGGUGUCCCGUUCAGAGCCGGAGAUAGGGCGAAGUUUGCUCUCUGCAUUGCAGCCUGAGCGCUGCUGGAAGCAAACACAACAAUGGCGACUCCCUGUCCCAACAGCAACUCAACAAGCCCCAGCAGCACAGCAGGACCACAACACUUUCACACCAAGACACACAACCUGACCACAGUGAGCAGUAGCAUGCAAGAUUCCACCACAUGCUGGAGAUGUCAAAAUGAAACAGGGAUUCAGAUAAGCCUGUCUGGAGUGCCCCAAAGUAAACGUAAAGCCUUGAAGCUCAACUUCGCCAACCCGCCCGUGAAGCCUGCCACCCGGCUUCCCCUCCACCCCCCGGCAGCGCCGUCCUUCCAGAACCCCCACAUAGAGCGCCUGCGGACGCACAGCAUCGAGUCGUCGGGCAAGCUGAAGAUCGCCGGGGAGCAGCACUGCGACUUCACGGCGGAGGACCUCGGGGACCUGGGGGAGAUUGGCCGCGGGGCCUACGGCUCUGUCAACAAGAUGGUGCACAAGCCCACCGGGCAGAUCAUGGCCGUCAAGAGGAUCCGGUCCACGGUGGACGAGAAGGAACAGAAACAGCUGCUGAUGGACCUGGACGUGGUGAUGAGGAGCAGUGACUGUGUCUACAUCGUCCAGUUCUACGGGGCGCUCUUCCGGGAGGGUGACUGUUGGAUAUGCAUGGAGCUUAUGUCUACCUCAUUCGACAAAUUCUACAAAUAUGUAUAUUGUGCUUUAGAGGACGUCAUUCCGGAGGAAAUCCUAGGCAAAAUCACAUUAGCAACCGUUAAAGCACUGAACCACUUAAAAGAAUACUUGAAAAUAAUCCACAGAGACAUCAAGCCCUCCAACAUCCUCAUGGACCGCGGGGGGAACAUCAAGCUGUGCGACUUUGGCAUCAGCGGGCAGCUGGUGGACUCCAUAGCGAAGACCAGAGACGCGGGCUGCCGGCCCUACAUGGCACCCGAGAGGAUCGACCCCAGUGCGUCCAGGCAGGGCUACGACGUGCGGUCCGAUGUCUGGAGUUUGGGCAUCACCCUGUAUGAACUGGCCACCGGCAGGUUUCCCUACCCCAAGUGGAACAGCGUGUUCGACCAGCUCACACAGGUGGUGAAGGGCGAGCCCCCGCAGCUGAGCAGCUCGGACGAGAGGGAGUUCUCCCCCAAGUUCAUCAACUUUGUUAACCUAUGCCUUACAAAAGACGAGUCAAAAAGGCCGAAGUACAAGGAGCUCCUGAAACACCAGUUCAUCCUGAUGUACGAGGAGCGCUUCGUGGACGUCGCCAGCUACGUCUGCCGGAUCCUGGAUCAGAUCCCCACCUCUCCCAUGUCCCCCAUGUACGUGGACUGACGAGGGCGUCGGGGGGGGUCGGUGGUCCCUAAGGCGGGCGUCACCCUGCUGGUGCGCGGGACACUUGCGGCCGUCGUCACGACGAUGCGACAUCACUCCUGAGGACUCCGCGCCUCAGUCACGUUCCAAAGAAUGAUACAGGAACACUUCCCAAAUUGCCCGGUGCAAUAAGAUUACUCCCCUUAUUAGAAUGAUACUAUUAUUAUUAUUAUUAUGAUGAAUAAAUGCACACUUAAGUCUC